UCUAUUUUUGAUUUUAUGCGUCUGUUUUUACUAGCAUUUCUUAGAUGUAGCGUGUGAGCAGUAAGCCGCGUUUUUAAAGGAGGCGUUUAGUUUCUCUGAUCCAGUUUACUGCCGAAUAAAAUCCCCAUCCCGUUUUUCACCGUUGUUGUUGAAGCUCGCUGGCGAUAGAUAGCCACUACGACAACUAGUCAUUACAACUGAGGUAGCGAGUUCUGAAGACUUCAAGCAGCGUAUGCGUCAAUAUGUCGACCUUGCACGUGUCUCUAUUUCCUAACCGAACGUGUACCACGGCUUUUAAAACAUUUUAUUCGUAAUGCUGACAGGUUUUCAGUUAUUUACAAAUUAUGUACCGUUUUGCUAAUGGUUUUGUCUUUUGAUUUUAAAUUUGCUUUUAUCGAUUUAUCAUUUAUUUUAUUUUGUUCUCUAUUUGUAGUAACAUGAGAUACUAAAACAUUUGCACUAGUCCUGUCCGAUGUACAGCAUUUCGAAAAAGCCGUUGAUACUGCAGUAUAUUUUCAGUGGCAACGACUUGAAGACGCCGUACGUCUUAAAACUGUUGUGCAGUGAAUAUAAUCGUACCAGAAGACAGGGAAAGUGUCGAGAAGUUAGGCACAGCUGGAGUCUGCCAUCUUUGGAGGACGCAGAUAUGUACCCUUGAGCAAGGAGGCCACAGAGAAGGCAGCCAUAACGAGUUUAAGAAAGGCGAGAUCCUUCCCCCUGCCCCCGCAGUCUCCCUCUCUCUCUGUACCAGCAGGCGAAAAACUCAUAAAACUAAAAACCAGCGCACCCAAUGCGUUUGGGGCUCCAUUCCUCGCCUUAUGUUUUAUAUAUUUAGAGCUUAAUUUGAUCCACAGUGCCUGAGCAAGCCCGCUGACAUCAGCAUGUAUCAGGUGGUGCCCGGGGGUGCCGGUGGCACCAUCACCACUGGCAUACCGUUAAAGCAGAAGAUGGGCAAGGACGGGCGCCCCCUGGUGGGCGCGGGGGUGCUGGGCGUGGUGCUGGUGAUCGCCGCGGUAACGGCCUGGUGCUACUACAUCGCCUCCCUGCGCAAGGCCGACCUGCUGAAGACGGAGCUGCUGGACCUGAACAAGGACGGGUUCCUGAUCCGCAACCAGGCCGGGGCCAUCGUGUUCCGCAUGGCCUUCAGGUCGGGCACGCUGGACCUGGACUCCUGCUCCAAGGAGGGCGAGAUCCUGAGGUGCGGCCGGUCGGAGGCGGGGCGCCUCAACUUCUUCAUCCAGACGGUGCGGCCCAAGGGCACGGUCAUGUGCUACCGCGUGCGCUGGGAGGAGCUGGAGUCCGAGCGGCCCGUGGAGCACGCCAUGUCCUACAACGGCUCGCACUGGUACGGCGGCGCCGAGUCCAGCACCCAGCGCUGGCCCAUCGUCAUCGCCGGCCAGCAGGCGCCCAAGCCCUUCGUCACCAGCGACGUGUACGCCCGGCGCGACGAGUUCGGCGGCAUCCUGGAGCGCUACUGGCUCUCGUCCAACGCCAGCGCCAUCAAGAUCAACGACUCGGUGCCCUUCCACCUGGGCUGGAACGACACGGAGCGGACCAUGUACUUCCAGGCGCGCUACCAGGACAGCCCGUACAAGCCGCCGCCGGGGCGGCCGCCCUUCACCGAGCUCAGCUACCGCGUGUGCGUGGGCUCCGACGUCACGUCCAUCCACAAGUACAUGGUGCGCCGCUACUUCAACAAGCCCAACAAGGUGCCCUCCAAGGCCAUGUUCCGCCACCCGAUCUGGUCCACCUGGGCGCUGCACAAGACCGAGAUCGACCAGGAGAAGCUCCUGCGCUACGCCGCCGACAUCCGCCGGCACCGCUUCAACUGCAGCCACCUGGAGCUGGACGACCGCUACACCAGCCGCUACGGCGAGUUCGAGUUCGACGCCGUCAAGUUCCCCAACGCCUCGGCCAUGUUCGGGAGGCUGAAGGCCGACGGCUUCCUGGUCACGCUCUGGACGCACCCCUUCGUCAACUACGACUCGGCCAACUUCGGCGUGGCCGUGCAGAAGGGCCUGUUCGUGCGCGAGCCCACGGGCGCGCUCCCCGCGCUGGUGCGCUGGUGGAACGGCAUCGGCGGCAUCCUGGACUUCACCAACCCGGACGCGCGCGACUGGUACGCCUCCAACCUGCGCUCCCUGCGCUCCCGCUACGGCGUGGCGUCCUUCAAGUUCGACGCGGGCGAGACCAGCUACCUGCCCUGGCAGUUCAGCACGCGCCGGCCGCUGUACGACCCCAGCACCUUCACGCGCCGCUACUCGGAGAUGGCCAUCCCCUUCAGCGAGCGCGCCGAGCUGCGCGUGGGCUACCAGUCGCAGAACAUCUCCUGCUUCUUCCGGCUGAUCGACCGCGACUCGCUGUGGGGCUACGAGCUGGGGCUCAAGUCGCUCAUCCCCGCCGUGCUCACCAUCAGCAUCCUGGGCUACCAGUUCAUCAUGCCCGACAUGAUCGGCGGCAACGCCUACCGCAACCGGACCGACGGCGGGCGGCGGCUGCCCGACCGCGAGCUGUACAUCCGCUGGCUGGAGCUGUCUGCGUUCAUGCCGGCCAUGCAGUUCAGCGUGCCGCCGUGGGAGUACGACGCGGAGGUGGUGCAGAUCGCGCAGCGCUUCACGGCGCUGCACGAGACGCUGGUGGCGCCGCGCGUGCUGGAGCUGGCCUACGAGGUGCUGGCCACCGGCGACCCCAUCAUCCGGCCGCUCUGGUGGAUCGCCACGGGCGACGAGACCGCCUACAAGAUCGACUCGCAGUUCCUGAUCGGCGACGACCUGAUGGUGGCGCCGGUGCUGGAGCCCGGGAAGCAGGAGCGGGACAUCUACCUCCCGGCGGGGCGCUGGCGCAGCUACAAGGGCGAGAUCUUCGACAACAAGGGGCCCUUGCAUCUGACCGACUACCCCGUGGACCUGGACGAGAUCGCUUACUUUGUCUGGAUGUAGUUGUGGGGGUGCGGAGUUGUGCUGAAGGCGUGUGUUCCGGGGGGGUGGGGGUGGGGGUCGGGGGGGUGGGGGUUAUGGUGUUUGAAGCACAGCAUCCUGUUUUCGGCAGCUUUGAAGUACGUCCAAGCGCCCGGCAGGCCCUCCUCGUUUGACCUUUUUUUUUUUUUUUUCGGCGCACAGCCUGUUGCCUUUGCGAGUUUGAACGUGAGAUCUCUGGGCUGUGUGCGGAGGUACGCGUGAGCCGCGAGUCAGGUGACUCGCGUUGCGUUCGCCGGACUUCCUUUGCCGGCGACUCUCCCCGGAACACGCUGGGCAGCCGGUCGGUUCCGCUGCGGAACUUGGAGCCGCCGCUGUUCCGCGCUCGUGAUCUCCACCCGUCCUACGCAGCGCGUCCGUCCGUCCGUGAGCUUCGCACGGUCGCGUACGACGUUGCGCGACGUAAACGCGACCGACACGACGCCUGCUCACACUUGGACCCGUGUCUGGUGUUUGAGCUGAAGAGCGGACACCCGUGAAUGCAGUGUGAUGCUUCGUCCACGGUGCUUUGCUUAGCUCGGGCAAGAGAUACAGCCUCUGUCAGUAUACAUAUCGUGAUAAAAGAGAUGAAUAAGACUCAGUGCAACCAGGCCAACUGCAUGCUGGGAAGGUUUCUCAGCACGCGAGAACUCGAAUGCUGUCCUAGUGCUCAGCGCUAUCCUAUUAUGCACAUGCGCUAAUUUAUCGCCAACUGUCACCACUGGAUUCUGAAAAAGGGAAAACUCAACAAUGCACAUUUGUAAUAAGAAGAAUAUAAAUAGUGGACUUUGCUAAUUAUGCUAAAUUAAUGUUUUUUUUUUUUUUUUUUUCAAAAAUCCCGUCAAUCAGCUUGCCGGUUCCAUGGAGGGAAAUUGUCUAACAAGUUGAUUUGGUGGCUUUUUUGAUUUUAACUUGUUAUUUUCACUUUUUUUUUUGUAACGCACAACUGCUUCGAGACUUCGUAUCAAAUGAAUAAGCUGCAACCAAUGUCCCCCUGGACAUAGAUAUCAUUUAAUUGCAUGUAAGCAUUAGUAACAACGUUGAAAUGAGUUAUCACUUUGGUGCGGAACUCAUUUUCAACAGUGUAACCAUUAACUGGCAAAAAAAACAUUUUCUUUCCAAGGUUGUUACUUCAGUUCUACCCAACUUCCGUCCCAAUACAGUUAUACAAUAUUUUUUAGUUUGAGGAGUAUAACACUUUUGAAUAUUAAAGUGCAGAGACCGCCAGACAGAAAUGGCAUUAUUUGUAGUAUGUCCCGUGAUGUGUAUCCAGUGUUUAGCGUUUUUAAAAAUCUUUUUAACUUCCUCACUCAACGAUGCAAGCCAGCUGCCUCACCAGCUGGAUGAUGUCAUCACUGCAAACAGAGAAAAUGAAGCUUAAAGCGUGCCUUCCCAAAGAUGGCUCUCAGCAUAUCCAAACAGCAAUAAUCGUGUAAAAAUUCUGCUCCAGGUCGUCCGUAUGCAGUUUGUUCAUGGUGGCAGUUUCCUCGUUCAGAAAUUGGGUGAAAGGUCAGGCCUCAUCAGCAGGUCAUCCAUUGAAAGGAUUACGAAGUAAGAUUUUAGUUGUUUUUUUAAUUUAUUUUUUUACCUAAUUUCUAAACAAUUUAACCAUACGUGGAACUGCGCAUAAAUGAAAUCACUUCGUUAAGCAAUUUUAAAGUGCCGUGCCUCCUUUCGACAGUUAAAAGUUAACUUUAGUGCUGUCAGAGUAGCUCUUUAACCAGGGUUAUAGGCAGACCAAUGCUCAUCAUUACAGCCUGCUCAUGGAACAGCAGGGCACCAGCAUCUGUACCAGGAAUAUUAUUAUUAUUAUUAUUAUUAUUAUUAUUAUUAUUAUUAUUAUUGAGUAACCAUAUAGUCCACUCCUGAUGGUUAGUAACGGUCCUUCAGACUGUCUGUGGUGGUUAGUAAUGGUCCUUCAGUGUCGGUUGGUCACGCCCCCAUUUUCAGAAUCAUCCAAUUGGAAUGUCUUGGCUUCUGUGGGAGGGAGAGCUUUCCUUGUCAGCAGUACAGAGCUGAAUAUCUGGUCGGUCUGUAAUAGCGCACGUGGUUGUACCUGUGCACCACUCUGCAGUAUUGCAACAUGGUGUGCAGACGUGCCAGAACAAAACUGACAGCGAACCAGUGAUUUAGCACAUUGAACAACUAAUGCAAAAUGAAACGACUCACCCAUAGAAAAUGAAGCCACUGACAGCCAUGAGGACAGUUUAUGGUGCUUUCUUCCUGUCUGUUGCUGUUAGUCUUAAAAGAGCAGCAUACCAGUCCCUACUGGGUCAAUACCACUGAUAGUGCUGGUGGCUCCUGGCUGAAAUGUUUACCUAAUGUUGAUUUAUUAGCUUCAAACCAGAGAUAUGAAACUGCCUGACCAUAUUUGGAAUGUGUUCUGGGGGAGGUUGGCAGACAACCAGACUUUGUUAAUGUUUUUUAACGCUGGCUCAGAGUGUUCCGAAUUCAUUGUUGUCGAUCUGUUCCCUUAGCCUGGUGCCUGUCCAAACCGUCCGGUGUUCUGAGUCUUGAUUGAUGUUGCGUUUCAUUAACAUUACGUUAGCGUUAAAGCUCUCUCUCUCUCUUUCUGUCUCUCUCUCUUCUCCUUUCUCUCUUUCUCUUCUCUGUUCUUCUCUCUCUGCUCUCUCUCUCUCUCUCUCUCUGUCAGUAGCAUUGCUCAUUCUUGUCCUUGACCAAGGCUUUAGCCCCACUGGGGGAAAAGGCCCAAGCCGGUCAAGUCACUGGUUUUCCCAAGUUGCUUGUGAGUCUGGGUUCCGAACCCAAAUGGUUUGGCGGCUCUGUUGGUUGUCAUGGCGAUCGCUUAUACAGGAAAUCGUGUUUGUCCCAGUUUCAGUUCUCUUUGACUUUGCAGCCAGGAAGGAUGCUGUAAGCAAAAAAACAGCACCUGAUUCGACUGCAAGCUAGUUUGUCUAAUCUCCAGAGCCCGCGUCUUACGGUUACUUUACCGCCAACAGCCAAUCGACGGAGUAUUAGGAGAAGCUGACGCCGAUGGAACAGCUAAAAUUACACAGCAGCAGUUGCGCAGGCCAGCGGCGACGUCGACUGCAGAAUCUUGUCGCAGUGUGCAUGUUUUUGUUUGUUGGCACAACAGAGCUGCAUCUUUUUUUUUUUUUUUUCGUGGGAGAAAGCUGAGCGUGAGGUUUUCUUCCCCCCCCCAUCCCGCCUCUGACACCAGCGCGGUCCGUCCCUGUCCCCGGGACCGUCCCAUCUGUGCAGACGGCAGUGUCGUGUCAUCCGUCCUAUCACUGUACCCUAACCCUCGCUCACACACUAGCCUGUUGUCCUGCGAGGGGGGGGGGGAUCUCCGGCGUUGCUAGGCGAUGUGCCAACAAGGCGGUGAGUGAAUGCGCAACCCUUGCCACAGCGUGCCGGUUGAUGGGGGGGGGGAAUUUUUAAAUAAAUUUUCCUGUGUGAGGAUGUGGGCUGAGGUCUCAGCUUAGAACAGCAGCUGAGUGAAUAUCACAAUGAUUAUAAAAAAUAUAUUAUUAUUAAAACAGCCCAUUAAAAAAGGACGCAUCUGAAAUGUAGAAAGAUAAAACAAAAGAGAUAAAGAAAAGGAGGAUAAUGUCCUAACAUUUUGCACAUUUGUAAAAUGUCGUGGUAGCAGUAAACAACCACGCUUCCCAGUCAGCGUGAAGUGCUUCUGGAAAAAAACAUCACCACUGCUGGGGAUGUGGUUUUACCAAUCACAUUGAAGAUAACACACCCAGUACAUAACAGUGGUGAUGUAUUAUUAUUUUUUUUUUUGGAAGCAUUUCACAGUCUCUGAAGUGCGUUUGUGUAAAAAAAAAAAAUAAAAAAAAUAAAAAAAUUUUAUACCACCACAUCAGCUAUCACUAAAGUGAAAAACAGGAACAGAAAGACAAUACGCCACACGGUGGCGACGACCGUUAUUGCAUUCGAUAAUUAUCAUGGCGGUAUCUUGCCCAGCCCUGUUUAAACAUGUUGUGAGCUCAGCUGCCUAGAUUUGAUCUCAAUCACUUUCUCCUUGGGACGAUGUGCUGGAUUUUUACUGAUCUGUGUUUGCUGCAGGACUUUGUGUAGCUGGAGGCGUAUGGACCCUGGGUAUAGACUAGACUAGAGUGGCCCACAGCAGAAUCGAUCCCACAAACCUCUGGUUACAAACCCAGGUUAAUUAUUGUGCUGUUAUCUCAGUACAGCAGCUGUAAGUGUGUGUGCUUUUUUUGUUUUUUAAUUUGUUCGUUUGUUUGUUUGUACCAGGAAUCUGAAACUCCUGGAGGUCCUAGUGGUGUGUGCAGGUUUUUGGCGUAUCCCUCCUCUGGAGCGCUUAACGUAUGCCGAUGACUGGCUAAAGUGUCCAGACGCCUUGUUUCCACGGCCUACGUUGUCUGCUUGAGUGCAUAGAAACCCCACAAAAAACCUGCAGACGCUACAGCUAUCCCACACUGCACCGGGGGGGACUCCUGAUUUAGACCCCUGUUCUUUGGCACGGGGUUACACAACUCCAGUCUUGGGAGGACCUGCGUGUUCUUUAGUUUUAGUUCCAGCCAAUUACUCUGGCCUCAGCUUCUGCACAGCUGUGGUCUAUAUAUCAGAACACAGUGAAACAUUCUCACCGAGGGUGCGUUUGUGGGCAGGAGCUGUAGCUCUCGGCUGUCAAAAACGUCCGGUCAGAUACAAUAUCUGUGCUGAUGAAUUCCCGUCCAGACUCAUUGAUGGUGUGAAUGUACUCUGAAACUGCGACUACCUUUAUUCCAGUGCAGGCCACUUUGAGUUGUGUUGUUAAAGCAAGCCGCAAAACACCAUCUAAAUGCACUUUUUAAAAAAAAAUUCAUCCGAGAACAAUUGACUUCAACAAGAGACGCAGCUAAGGAGUUGGAAAAAAGAAAAAAAGAAAAAAAAAAGUUGAGUGUGUUGUUGCUCAGUUCUCAGUUGUGUUUCAAACUUACUUUCAAAUGUUUUUUUAUUAGCUUUUGGGUGCUACAAGACGCAAAGCUAUGCCUUUUCGGAAUCAUUUUAUGCCAUUUUGUCAUGUAACUCCUUUCUUUAGUUAUGCAAAUGUACAUGCGGUUGUAUGUAUUAUUAACCUUAACAUUGAAAUAUUUCUUAAAAACCUAACCUAUGUUUGACAUUCGAGCAUGUCCGAGUCCUUGUAACUGAAUUUAAUACAAUAUAAUUUUUAACAAUGUGUAUGUAAAGUGUGUGUGUGUGGAAAAUAAUGAUUGCGUAACUCAGUGCUUAGUGCCAUAAUAACGUGCCAUAUGGAAGUGCUUGGAGGCUGAACUGUGUUUCUGCCAUUUUAUGUGCCAUUUCCAAAUCUGUAACCCUGCAGUAAUGGGGGGGGGGGGUUAGUGAGCUUCAGGAGCUGUAGAAUUGCGGGGGGGGGGGACUAACUCCUGGAGGGCCGGUGUGUAUCCAGGUUUUUUGUUCAGGCCGGGAGCCUUGGCUCUGAAUUGUGUAGAAACAGCUCCUGGCGUCAGUGCUUUCGGACUCCCACGCUAACGUGCUGUGAAGUUUAUUAGGAUGUACGCACUGUCUGCUGCUGCUGGUUUUCUAAAUGUCAGCUCAGGAAAUGAUGAUUGAGCUCGUUAAAUAAUGACGGGCAGAAGCUGGUGGUAAAUCCUGGAGCGGAUUGGCUCUUGGAAAUCCUGGAGCGGAACGGCUCUUGGUGGAUGUUUAGAUUCUGUCCUCUCCAGUAUAUGUCAGCAGAUCUCUGGACAGAACACAGGAAAAUGUCCAGUGUAAAUCAACUCUUAGCAGUGUUCAUUCAACUCUCAAACGGAUAACAUUUGGUCCCGCUCCAGAAUGUGGGACCAAAAUUAUGUUAUCUGUUAAAUUAAAUCAUGUUAUCUGUUGAAUUAACACAGGACAUUUUACUGUGAACCAAUCAGUGGCCUGGGUUCAAUCAACAUUUGACUUACGAUUAAAUUAAAUUAAAUUAAAUUAAAUUUUUGCCUUGCAAGCAGUUUGCCAAGGUCCCUUUUAAUGCUUGCUGACCUUGCCAAACUUUGAAGAUGAAAAAAAAAAAAUGAAACAAACAAAAACACUUCUGUUUAAUUAUAAGUUUGAGCUGAGGAAAAAUGAGCGUUGGUUCUGGGCCAAAGUGCUGUACAGCCCAAUGAUUCACAGCACGUGGUUAUGCUGGUCAUUUUGGGAUUGGGAAAGCAAGCUUCAGUUUCCAAUCACAUGGCCUUUAGGUCCUCCGUGCCAGCAGGGGGCGCUGCUACUCUAACUUGUUUUUGUUUUGUUUUGCUUCAGUGAGAGGCUAAAGAGUCCCAUUGAAAGGAAAACCCAGAAUAAGUGUUUGCUUAGAGCAUUCAAGCUUUUAUGAAACAUGUAACUAAAAUUCUUAAAGGUGAAAUCAUAGCAAUUCCCUUAUGUGUUUUAUAUGGUCAGUUAAAAAGUAAAUGUUUACCUUUAAGCAUUUUUGAAAGGUAAACUGGGGACACUUAAAUAUAUGCUUCUUUCGGUCAACAUGGUGCAGUGUAUCUUUUUAGUUGCUGUCAACUAGAGGUUGUUUGGAGGCUAAAAUAACUUAUUGUCUUCCUCUGGUACUUGGAACUGGACCAUGGUUAAAUGUUUUAUUUGAAUUGCUGACCAUUUUAAAAGAUGCAGACAUUUUAACCGACAUUGUCGACAAAAGUUCUGUGACUAGUUUUCAUUUUGGUUGGCAGAGUGUCUAGGGAAUCUGCAGGGCUUUUCAAUUUUACUGAUGCAUGUUGAGUGAAAUUAUCAGAUACACAAGUUUACAAGUUUCUAGGAAGUGAACGCUCUUACAUGAGAUCUUGCAAUAGAAAUGUGGGUAUUAACGAGAUUCAGAUUGAAUUUAUUAACUGGACUUUACGUGUCAAUGUGAAUGCGUGUGUGUGUAUAUACAAGAAACGACAUGCCUCUCUCUUGCAUUUGGUAACUGGUCUUUGUAUUUGUAACCUUUGCAGUUUUUGUCAUUGCUUCACCUACUUGAAUUAAACUUAAAUUUAAGUCCCUGACAUGGGAAAAGUUAUCCAUCCAGGGACUGUCUUAUUUCAAAAGUGUACAAUAAAAUAGCAUACUCUCCAACAGUAUGGCAGAAAUCA